CUAAUUUUACUUUAAUCAUCAUUUAGAUUGAAAUGAAUGGUAACUAAUAGAUGGCGACUUAUUGAUUGGACUUCGAGUUUUUGUUGAAGCUUUGAAAAUGCUCAGAACUUUUCAGAAUUCAGAAUAAUCUGUUUAUCCAGGGUAAUAAUAGAUGUCAUCCCAAUGUUCAGCAAGAUUGACUGAAUAAGAUGAAACUUUUUGCUCAUAAUCACCAAGAAAUAUAAUCAAAUGGUGUAAACUAAUAUCUCCAGCACUGAGUUAGUUUAUUAUUAUCAUCAGUUGAAUUAUGAUCAACAAAGUGAAUCAUUAAUAUUAUUUUUUUUUCUUAACCACCAUGAAAAUGUAACUAUCAUCAUGAUUAAAUCAGACAAUUAACUUUAACUCUAUUCAAUAAAAAGGUAUACAUAAAAUUGAUUUGGACGAGGAAAGGAAAGUUCUGUCUCUGAAUGAAGUAAUAAUCAGAAUCGAUAAUAGAUUUUUUUUAAUACCAUGAUUAAGUUGAUCUGUUUCCAUGAUGAUUAAUGAUUGUUGAUGAUAAUCAAAGAUUGUACAAUUUAGUUAACAAUUGAAAUCAACUUUUAAUCAACUAACAAACGAAGUGAAUAACAAAAUAAGUUUGAUUGUGUCUCUCAAAUUGUUACAAUUUGAAAACUUAAUCAUCAACCAGAUGGAUGAAUCAGAUUCAUUAUCUUCAUUAUUAUCAUCAUCAUCAUCUUCAUCUUCAUCUUCAUCAUCACCAUCAACUUCCUCAUAUUCAUCAUCAUAUGGAUCUUCCGUCAACGAGAAUGUUCAUAAUUUCAGUGAAUUCAGGAACUCAUAUCUCGAUGAGAACUCAACAUUUUCGGAUUACCAUGAAUAUGUAAUUUUCUUCAAUUUCAAGGAACUUUAUGCUCCAAUUCAUGGUUAUCUCUCACUUAUCGUUUGCCUUUUCGGUCUUGUCGCCAAUGUGCUUAACAUAAUUGUCCUUACAAGGAAGAAUAUGGUUUCCCCAACCAAUGCCAUUCUAACGGGUUUGGCCGUUGCCGAUAUGCUCGUGAUGCUUGACUAUAUGCCCUUCUCGAUUCACACUUACAUCCGACGGGAUCAACCGACCACCGAAUUGUAUUCCUACCCAUGGACAGUUUUUACACUUUUUCAUGCUCAUUUUUCCGUUGUAUUUCAUUCAAUAUCAACAUGGUUAACUAUUCUUCUUGCCAUUUGGAGGCUUUUAUCCGUAAGUUAUCCAACCCAAAGUAGAACUUGGUUCACAAUGAGAAACGCUGUUGUCUCAAUCAUCUCGAUCUAUUUGAUUGUACCAAUAUUUUGUGUUCCAAUGUACCUUUCGUUUACCAUUUCACCGGUGCAAGUUGAACAAUCUUAUUAUUACAGGAUUGAUUGGAGUGAAAUCUCAUUACGACACAAUAAAUUUCUUAAGAAUCUUAAUUUUUGGGUGUUUAGUGUAGGAACCAAAUUAGUGCCUUGUAUUUUAUUAACUUACUUCAGUUUGGCAAUAAUUAAAAUCUUAAUCGAAGCCGAUAAACGAAAGGCUCGACUCAGAUCUUCCAAUAACAGUAAUAACAAUAAUCUGAUGAACAAUAUUAAUAGUAAUUCAAAGCCUAAUCUAUUAACAACCAAUGUGACAAUUUCGACGACAACAACAAUUAACAAUAAUAAUAAUUCUGAUUCGGUUGAUGAUAGUAGACGUUGGAGUUAUUCACCAGCCUGUGAUCCAUCAAGCACAAUUAACGAAGCAACAAAUCGGAUUGAAUUGUGCCUAUCAAAACGUCCGGGUAAUCAAUCAACACCAUCAAGUAAAAAUCAACAAUUAGACAACAAUAAUCAACAUCAAUCUAAUCACCAUCAUCAUCACCAUGAAUCAAGUCAAGCUCAUGAUCGGACGACUCGUUUAUUACUUGCUGUCCUUUUGAUUUUCUUGUUAACUGAAUUGCCCGGAGGGAUUUUAAUCGUUCUAAGUGUCUUCCUUGGUGAAACUUUCUUCCAAACAGUUUAUUCACCGUUAGGUGAAUUACUUGAUAUUCUUGCGCUAAUUAAUAGCGCCAUCAAUUUUAUCCUUUAUUGUACAAUGUCAAGACAAUUUCGGAUAACAUUUAGAAAGAUAUUUUGCCAAAUUGGUGAUAAUGAAGAGACCGAGUUAAUUGCUUCACGUCACAACUUGAUAACUAACAAAUCAACUAAUCAUUUAAUUCAAAAGAAUGGUAAAAGUGAGGUUUCAUAUGUUUAAUUUGCGACAAUUAAAUGUUUAGAUUGUCGCAAUCAACUUGAUCAGUUUAUAUUUUUCGCUUUCGCCAAAAUAACAAACUUUUACUUUUAUUUUUGUUCUGUGCCAACUAAUCAAAUCUAAUUGUUAUUAAUCAGUUAAUUGUUAUGAUUUUUUUUCUUCUCUUUUGAUUUCUUCUCAAUUCAGUAGCUAUAUUAGCCGUAAUUAUCCUGUGAUUAUCAUUAUUAUGGCAACAAUUUAAAUGGUUGUUCAAAGUAUUUAUAAAGUAUAAUCAACAAUUUUGUUAAUUGUUUCGUCUCUACAAAAUAAAUUAACUAACAACAAAGUAUUUAUAACAAUUAACAGAUUUAAAUAAUUUACUUUUUGCUAAUUUUUGCUUUUUUUUCGUUGAUUAAUAUUUAACAACAAUUAAUAUUACUCUUUAUGCCUGACAAUUAAAUAAUCAACCGAUAAAUACCCAAAUGAAUUGGUUGAUCAUUGAUUGAUUGUAAACUUGGAGCUUAAAUAAUGAUUAUAAAAGAGCAUUUUAAUUGUUCAUCAAUUUAAUUGGAAAUUUUUAGAAUCUAAUUGUGCAAAAUUUACUUUCAAUUGAAUUAAUUUAGUUGCAUUUGUUUUCUGUUUCCACCGAUUAUGAUAAUUAUUACAAAAAGAGUAUUUGAUCAAUGAGACAUUAAAGAAAAUCAAUUCUAAUUGUAAAAGAUGAUUUAAUCAGCCCAAUGGAUAAGUUUUCAACUUUUUACAUUAAUCAACAGUCCACAAUUAACUGCCAAUAGUUGAUUUUGGCCUAUUAUCACCAUCGAUUAUCCAUCAACGUGCUUUAAGCGGUAUUUUUGUAAU